AUGAUUCUGAGGACAACAUUUUCUCUCACAGCUUCUCGUUAUUACAGUUCUGCCACUGUGUUCCUUGCGCCACAAAAUCUCCUUGAUCUUCUUCAGCUCAGCAUUGACCUUCAUUCUCACAAACUUUCCCAACAAUGUCACUCCCAAAUCCUCGCAAAUGGCUUUUCCCAAAACGCUUUCCUCGCCACCAGGCUCAUCUCUGCAUACGCCACAUCUGGAGAGUUAACCUUGUCAAAACUCGUCUUUGACUCUGUUCAGACCAAGAACGUUUAUCUCUGGAACUCCAUCAUCAAUGGCCAUGUCAAAAAUCAUCAAUUUGUUCAAGCUAUUGUGUUGUUCCGCCGAAUGGGUCUUAGUAGUUUGUUGCCUGAUGAUUUUACACUUUCUACAAUUUCUAAAAUUUCUGGUGAGGUUAAGGACUUGGUUUUAGGGAAAUUGAUUCAUGGGAAGAGUAUGAGGAUUGGGUUUGUGUCGGAUAUUGUUCUUGCCAAUUCUGUUAUGUCAAUGUAUACUAGAUGUGGAGAGUUUGAUGAUGCGAUGAAGGUGUUUGAUGAAAUGCCUCAGAGAAAUGUUGCUUCGUUUAAUGUUAUAAUUUCUGGAUGUGCUGGCUUGGGAAAUUUUGCUUCUACUUUACACGGUGAUUUGUGGGAUUUUUUCCGAAGAAUGCAAUGUGAAGGCUAUAUGGCAGAUGCUUUUACCGUUGCUAGUCUUUUGCCUUUGUGUUCUGAUAAUGCUGGGAAGGUGGAUUAUGGGAGGGAACUUCACUGUUAUCUUGUCAAGAAUGGAUUGGAUUUGAAAAUGGUAUCGGAUGUUCAUAUAGGAUCUUCUUUGAUAGAUAUGUAUUCAAGGAGUAAUAAACUUGUUCUUAGUAGGAGAGUAUUUGAACAAAUGAAAAGUAGAAACAUAUAUGUAUGGACUGCAAUGAUUAAUGGUUGUGUACAGAAUGGAGCGCCUGAGGAUGCAUUGAUUCUUCUCCGUGAGAUGCAAAGGAAGGAUCGAAUACGACCCAAUGAAGUAUCGCUUAUUAGCGUACUUCCAGCUUGUGGCUUGCUUGCUGGAUUAAUGGGAGGGAAACAAGUCCAUGCGUUUUCAAUUAAAAUGGAGUUGAAUGAUUAUAUUUCUCUAUGUAAUGCUUUGAUUGAUAUGUAUGCCAAAUGUGGGAGUUUAGAUUACGCGAGACGGGUAUUUGGUAAUGGUUCUUAUUUCAAAGAUGCUAUCACUUGGAGUUCGAUUAUCUCGGCAUAUGGAUUACAUGGCAAAGGAGGGGAAGCUGUGACUACAUAUUACGAAAUGCUUCAGCAGGGGAUCAAACCAGACAUGAUAACAGUGGUUAGUGCUCUUUCUGCUUGUAGCAAAUCAGGAAUGGUAGAUGAAGGUAUUAGUAUAUAUAACUCCUUGACGAUGAAGUAUGAAAUGAAACCAACGGUUGAAAUCUGUGCUUGUGUGGUAGAUAUGUUAGGUCGAUCGGGCCAGCUCGAUCAAGCGUUGGAGUUCAUAAAAAAAAUGCCAAUAUAUCCCGGUCCAAGUGUUUGGGGAUCUCUUUUCACUGCCUCUGUAAUACAUGGGAAUUCAAUGACAAGAGACUUGGCUUAUAGGUGUCUCUUAGAGCUAGAACCUGAAAACCCUUCAAAUUAUAUCUCGCUUUCAAAUACGUAUGCCUCUUAUAGAAGAUGGGAUGUUGUAACUGAGGUGAGAACAAUGAUGAAAGAGAAAGGUUUAAGAAAAGUUCCAGGUAUCAGUUGGAUAACUAUGAGUGGUAAAACACAUUCUUUCACUGUUGCUGAUAAAGCACAUCCUUGUUCUAGUUCAAUCUAUGAAAUGCUUGAUGACCUUGUAUCAAUAAUGACAGAUGGAUGUACUGAUAUUGAUAUUCUAACUUGA